UGUGUAGUAACUGAGAUGGAGAUGUUCAGUUACAGCACUGCUGGUGGAGCAGCAAACCAGGGUGCUCUUGGACCGUUUGGUUUGUUGGUUCUUGCAGAUGAGAGCCUUUCUGAGCAGACUCCCAUUUACUUCUAUGUUGCCAAAGGAGCUGAGGGCAAGUUGAAGACUUUCUUCUGUGCUGAUGAAUCAAGGUCUUCAAAGGCAACAGAUGUGAUGAAACCAAUUUACAGAAGCACAGUUCCAGUGCUCAAAGGAGAAAAGUUCAGCAUGAGAAUAUUGGUGAAUCAUUCGAUAGUAGAAAGCUUCGCUCAACGCGGGAGGACGUGCAUAACUUCGCGGAUAUAUCCAACGAAGGCCAUCUAUGAGGAUGCAAAAAUUUUCUUGUUCAACAAUGCUACUGAGGCCAACAUCAUAGCCUCCCUCAAGAUUUGGCAAAUGGACUCUGCAUAUAUUCAUUCCUAUCCUACUGAACUCAUAAUGUAAAAAAAAAAAAAAAAACCACUUCUAAUGCUCAAUCAUGUCUCUCCAUUGCUCUCUACUUCAGAUUGUGUCCUGUCAUUGUAUCAUCAUUUUGUGCAGAAAAAAA